AUGGCGACACCGAGAGAACACAUAGAAGAGAUAAGGAAGAAAAAGUUCUCCAUAGGAGCAGAUGCACUCAACCCUUUAACUGAGGAUCUUCACCAGGCUAUCAAGAAUCUCUCUGCUGAACUCUAUGCCAAAGAUGUUCACUUCCUCAUGGAACUCAUCCAGAAUGCAGAAGAUAAUGAGUACGUAGAGGGGGUUGAUCCAUCACUUGAGUUUGUCAUUACAUCCCGGGAUAUAACAGCCACGGGGGCUCCUGCCACAUUGCUGGUUUUCAACAAUGAGAAAGGAUUUUCUCCUGAAAACAUAGAAUCCAUUUGCGGUAUUGGACGGUCCACCAAGAAAGGCAACAGGAAUCGCGGUUAUAUUGGGGAGAAAGGAAUUGGGUUCAAAAGUGUGUUUCUCAUCACUGCACACCCUUAUGUUUUCAGCAAUGGAUAUCAAAUAAGGUUCAGUGAAGAUCCCUGUGUGCAUUGCAAUCUCGGGUACGUAGUUCCUGAAUGGGUUGAUACAAACCCUAAUUUGUCUGACAUAAAACAGUUAUAUGCUUCUGCUUCUGCUUCUGAUCCUCCCACCACAACACUGAUCUUACCUCUAAAGGCUGACAAGGUCCAGCCUGUGAAGCAGCAGCUCUCAAGCAUACACCGUGAGCUUCUGUUGUUUCUUUCAAAGAUUAAGAAGCUCUCAGUCAGGGAAGACAAUGGCGAUCCAAGUCUUGACACAGUAAGUGCAAUUGAGAUAGCAAGUGAGACAAACUUUGUGACCAGAAAGAACAUUGAUGCGCAGUCCUACACCGUCCAUCUCUCUGCAGAAGAAAGUAGCAAUGCGGUUGAAAAUGAAUGCAGCUAUUAUAUGUGGAAGCAGAAGUUUCCUGUCAAGCAAGACUGCAGAGAUGAGAAGAGAAUGGAGGUAGAUGAGUGGGUGAUCACGGAGAACAACUUCAUAGAGGAAGAAGCUCACCCGGGGUCUAUGCCUUCCUUCCAACCGAGAUGGGAAACAAUUCUCCUGGACAACAUAUGGAAUAAGGGUAUUCUUGAUUGUGUGCCCACUGCAUUUGUUAAUGCAUUUAUCUCACUUGUUAGAUCCGUUGAAGAUGCUCCAGUGUCUAGUUUGCAUCGUAUAUUCAAGUUUCUGCCUGUCCAGAGCUCUUCCUAUGAAGCAUUGAAUGUUAUCAGAGAGUCGAUAAAGGCAAAACUUGUUGAAGAAAACAUUGUCCAGGAAAACUUCUGA